GAAAAAAGUAAGCAGAAGAAACUACCACUCGAAAUCCUUGAAUCAAACCCUAAUCGAAGAAUCCAAAUCUUUCAGGUGAAAAACUAUAAAAGAACAGAAAAAGGAAGGAGUAGAUGGAUUUAGCAGACAAGGCCGUGGGGCUGCUGUUAUCGGUAAUCAGCUUGUCAGUUUUCACUUACUAUACAUUCUGGGUGAUCAUACUGCCGUUCGUUGAUACUGAUCAUUUUGUGCACAAGUACUUUUUGCCUCAAGAAUAUGCCAUUCUGAUUCCGGUGUUUGCUCUUGCGGCGCUGCUUUGCUUCCUCUGCAUGUUUGUUAGAUAUGUGAUGCUCAAAUCCAAAAAGAAGAAGGCAUAAUGCAAGAUCUAUAGUGUGUGCUGCAACUAUCAUUUUUUUGUCACAUACAGAUAGUUUUAUUGCUGGGUUUCUCUUUUACUUGUAAAUGGAGGAUUUAGAUGAUUGCACUCAG